GAUUUCCAUCUGAAAUUAUUUAGUUUUUACAAUAAAGAUAUCUAAAUAAAACUAAAUACAUAUGUAUAUUUUACCUCUGUCUUACGUUAUAUCGAGUGAGACGAUUUUACUAGGGACCUUUUGACGUGGAACAGCUGAUUGUAUGCGUUAUUCAUCUGACUAUUCUCAACAUCAAGAUGGCUGCGGUCGUGAGACUGCAGUAAGGGUUGUAAAUUUUUGGCAUAUAUCGCCAGUUACGACGUUUGGAACCAUUGUCAUUAACAUUCAGUAUUUUCGAUUAUCAGUGACAUCUCGUGAAUGUGAUGUAGCAGACGGCUCUAAUUGCUUUUAAUAGCUUUUCUUCGAGAUCCUUAGUGUAUCGCGUCGUUGCGAUGGACUUUGUGAUAGAUAUUUGUCAAGCUGUUUUUGCUACGGAAGAAGAUUUGAUUUGUUAUCAACGAAAAUACCUGCUGUUAAUAUCCAUGUAACACUGAUUAUUCUUCGACUACUCUAUAACAAGGUUGAAUAUUAAAAAUGACAGUGGGUACAAGCUUGGUAGUACCUAUAGUUCUAUGGGGUCGUAUAGCUCCAACUCAUUGCAUUUCAUGUAUUUAUUUAUCUCGAGAUCAAAAAACUUUGAUAACAGGAUGUUAUGAUGGUCAAAUAUGCCUGUGGCAAGUAGAUCCUGAAAUAUUAAAGAUGACUCCAAGAUGUUUACUUGUUGGUCACACGGCUCCAAUAAUGUGCCUCAGUCGAGCCAGUGUUAUUAUGGAACAGAAUUACAUUGUUAGUAGCAGCGAAAGUGGAGAAAUGUGUACUUGGGAUUUAGUUGAUGGAAAAUGCAGAGAAGCUGUGAAACUUAGCAGUGUUCAUACACAAAUGUUGCCUUACGUCUCUGCUGGAGGAGAAGAUGUUAGACUUUUCUGUUCUGGUUAUUAUCCUGAGGUUUUAGUGAUGGACCCCUUUAGUUUGGAAGUUCUAUUUACCCUGUGUUCGCGAGUUAAUCCUGAUUGGAUCAGUGCAUUGCACGUUCUGCGGCCGGCCAAACGGAAAGGUCGGUUCUACGUGCAUACAAACGACGUUGUGCUGGCCUUAACAACAACUGGUACAGUCAAGGUGUGGACUCUUCUUGGACAUGAGAAUCGAAACAGUGAACCCCUUUAUGAACAUGAAAGUAAACAGAUACAGUGUCUUAAUGCACUUGCGAUGACCUGUUGCCCAUAUAAUCAGAGGACUGUAUUAAUUGUGUGCUCUAAAGAUUGGCAGAUAUACGAUGCUGGUGAUUUCUCCGUUUUAUGUUCAAUUUCUGCACCUCGUGGUGAACGUUGGAUGGCUGGAGAUUUCCUAGCUGCAGACAGAAUCAUUGUGUGGAGCGAUGAAGGCCGUGGUUAUCUAUAUAAAUUACCAGCUAACAAGCUGAAGGGCAAGGCUCUCAGCAGUAGCGUUGCAGACAAUAAAAAUUUUCAUACUGCAAGUGUUGAAUAUGACCAACCAUACUUGUACUGUACCUUGAUACAACCUGGGGAUAAGCCAUUAUCAUGCCCACCAGCAAUGCGAUUAGUUACAGUUCAAAAACAGAGUAAAACAGUAAAAUAUUUAUUGCGUGGUGAUAGCGAAGGUGUUGUUGUUCUUUGGACAGUGCCAGAAGUAACAACUCAACCAGCUCAAAUUUCUCAAAAUGAUCGCUCAACAGCUCUCUCUUUACCCCCAACAGUAAAACCAAGUCUUACGGCUGCUUGGAAAGAAAUGAAACCACCACCAGUUGGUAUAUUAGAUCAAUUAGACAGUGGGGAUGGACAUGGAAUAAAGUUAACAGCUAGUAUAUAUUUACCACAACAAAGUCGUUUAGUUGUUGGUCGUGAAGAUGGCAGUAUUAUCAUUGUUCCUGCGACACAAACAGUUAUGCUUCAAUUACUUCAUGGCAACCAUCAACAAUACGAUGAUUGGCCUCCACACCAAAUACUUUUAGGCCAUUCUGGCCGGGUAAAUUGUCUUUUAUAUCCACAUGGAGCUGCACCACGUUAUGAUCGAGUACAUCUUGUUUCUGGUUCUGUCGAUUUUGCUGUCUGUUUGUGGGAUCUUUAUGCUGGUACACUAAUUCAUAGGUUUUGUGUCCACGCUGGUGAAAUUACACAAUUAAUGGUACCACCUGAUAACUGUAGUCCUAGAAUACAAAAAUGCGUUUGCAGUGUUGCAUCAGACCACAGUGUGACUUUAUUAUCAUUAGCGGAAAGAAAAUGUGUUUGUCUUGCUUCUCGCCAUCUAUUUCCAGUUGUUACAAUAAAGUGGAGGCCACUGGAUGACUUUAUGAUAGUAGGAUGUUCAGAUGGGGCUGUAUAUGUAUGGCAAAUGGAGACUGGUCAUUUAGAUCGCGUAUUACAUGGUAUUAUUGCUGAAGAAGUACUCUACGCUUGUGACGAAAAUACAAUGACAGCAUCUGGUGGGUCAGCUACGGGAGGUGAAUUAGGCUUAGCCAAUCCUGCCGUGCAUUUUUUUAGAGGUUUAAGACACAGAAACCUAUCUGCUAUAAGGCAUGCAACACAAAGAGGGCUACAUCAAUUACAGCAACUUCACGGUGGACAUGGACCAGACCAUGGAAAUCAAAUAAAAGCGAAAGGUGCACCUUUAAUGAUUCAAGGCUUCAGGAGUAAUCCCAAAGAUCCGGAAAGUCAUAUUUUAUUUUUCGACAUAGAAGCUUUAAUAGUACAAUUACUUAGCGACGAGUAUGGAGCAAUGUCACCUGGUUCUUUGGAAGCACAAGGUUUAAUUUCAGCAUCGGAGUAUCAAAAGGUUGCAGCCCUUACACAAUCUGCCAGUCCGGAUGCUCACAAGAAAAUUGCAGACUUUUUUGGUCGUGUCAAGGAUAAAGCAGGCGACGUUGAACGAAUUUUAAAGGAAAAGGAUCGUCACGGUAUAUUGGCUAAAAUGAAGGAGGGUGCAGAGAACGUUCACACUAAAAUUCAGGCCAAGGUGGAAAGCGUUGGCCUCAAGCCGUCGACUCUCGACGGCAAAGGUGAAAACUGGAGUAACAGCGAUACUGCGAAAAGCAAUCUAAAACGAAAUGGAGCUUUUAAUGAACCAAAUGCAACUAUGGAAGUUGCUCAGCUUAUACUAAGUCUGUUACAUUCGUGGGGUUUAGAUCCAGAUUUAGAUCGUGUUUGUGAAGGAAAACUAGGUCUACUGAGACCCAUGGUUCCUGUUUCAUUUGGAGUAUUGUCCAAAGGAGGUUACAUGUCAUUGCUACUACCAACUUGGCAGACUCAACUGGAACCUGUCGGUGAACCCACAACUCAAUUAGAACAACGUUUGCCAGUUGAAUUAGUUAGACAAGAGAGACUUACCAGAGCAUUCACAGCAAGAGCACAUUGGGAGUUAUCUACCACAUUAACUAGUAAUCAUUUAUUGGCAGUAGUUGCUUUGGCAAAUACUUUAAUGUCAAUGAACAAUGCAACUUUUGUACCUGAACAAGAACGGAAUCGAAAAAUGCAUAGGCCUGGUAAUAGAUCAGCAGUUAGCUGGAAUAAGGCAGAAGAGGAAAAUGAGGAAAUGUAUACAGCACAACAAGCACAGAUUAAACAAGGUUGGUCCCUUUUAGCAACACUACAUUGUGUGCUCUUGCCUGAUAAAGUAACUGCACAAGGUGGUGCAAAGACAUUCAAACGACCUCAAGUCGAAAUGAUGGCAAGGAGAUGGCAACAUCAGUGUCUCGAGAUUCGUGAAGCUGCUCAGGCUUUACUGCUUGCUGAAUUAACUAGAAUGGGCCCAAAAGGAAGAAAAACACUUGUAGACAGUUGGUCACAGUACUUACCAAUGUAUAGUACUCAAGAACCCAUUGCACCACAAAUUCAGAAUCAAAGCCCUCCAGCAUCUGGUAGUCCAGUACCUCCAACUGAAUCACAUCCAGAAGAAGAAGACGAAGAAGAGGAAUUAACCGAAGCAGAAAUAAAUACAGCUAGGAAACCUUCAAGUGUAGCAGAAUUAAAAAGGAAGCAGACCACAGCGGUUGUAUUAUUAGGUGUAAUAGGAGCUGAAUUUGGUCAGGAUGUUGCCACAAUGAUUCAUAGAAGGGAUAAUGAUCAAAGGCGAAAGAGUUCCAUUGUAGAAGGUUUUGGAAUAGGAAAUAAUGAUCUUGCCAGGCAUACCAGUAUGGCACUUACGCAUCUAUUACAUGCGCCACAUUCGCCAAAAUUGCCCUUACAUACUGCUUUAAGAAGAGCAGCAAUUGAUCUCAUUGGUAGAGGUUUCACCGUUUGGGAACCUUAUCUUGAUGUGUCAAAGGUAUUGUUGGGACUUUUGGAAAUGUGCUGCGAUGCAGAUAAAUUAGUACCAAGCAUGACUUACGGCCUUCCGCUUACGCCCCAGGCAGAUACAUGUCGUACAGCUCGUCACGCUUUAACUUUGAUAGCUACUGCCAGACCCGCUGCAUUCAUCACUACGAUGGCACGAGAGGUGGCUAGAUACAAUACAUUGCAACAAAAUGCGCAAACGUUAAAUGUAAAUAUGGGUGCAAGCGUGCUAGCUAAAGCAAAACCAGAAAUACUCAGAAUUGUUGAACAGCUAAUCGAUAAAAUGCAAAGUGAAAUGAGCGAUCUUUUAGUAGAGGUCAUGGAUAUUAUUUUACAUUGUUUGGACCCAGGUCAUCUGAAAACCAAACCUUUAAACGAUGUAUUUCCAGCAGUGUGUAGAUUUAAUCAAGUAAGUCAUUGUCCAGCAACGCGUAGGAUAGCAGUAGGUAGUCGAAACGGUCAACUCGCCCUGUACGAAUUACGAGGUAACGUUAAAUGCCAGACAGUAGCAGCUCAUUCAGGAUCUGUAACCGCACUAGCAUUUUCACCCGAGGGCAAGUUCCUGGUUAGUUAUUCUUGUACAGAAAACAAGCUAUGUUUUUGGCAGCAAACAAGUAGCGGUAUGUUUGGUCUAGGAAAUUCACAAACACGUUGUGUUAAGUCAUACAGUACCGCGCCGAUUAAUGAUGUAGCGCGUUUAAAUCCUAUGCGACUAGCUAAACUGAUAUGGAUAAAUAACCGUACGGUUACGUUAAUGCUUGCUGACGGAUCUGAAACACGGUUCAACGUAUAAACUGUAUACGAUUCUGUAUAUUCUAGUACCGACCAAACAAAAACAAAAAAAAGAACAAACAGUACAGCAAUUGGGAUCAGUCUACAAGCAGAAACGUGGAAUAAUUGUAGGCAAAAAAAGAGCCGAAAGUGCCGUCGUGAUUGCUGGUGGGUUUGUUGGUACUUAAUAGUGCUAGUGGUAUCUACCUGGAUAUGGUUAUCAUACGGAAGUAAGCUCUAUCAGUGACGAGUAUUGUUCCACGACGCAGGAUAUUGUAUAACAAUCGUCAUCAGGCAUGAUACGGAAUUUGUUCCUUUUUAGUCUAUUUCUUUCUUCCAAUUAUAUAAUUACAUUGUUCCAUUUCUUUUCUGCGUACAAACACAUUCGAUUUUUGCAUUGUAGUAAACACCAGAAAUAGGUUUGAACGUCAUCACGCUUUAAGAAGAAUGUUCUUUUAAUGUUAGCUACAUAUAAUCGUGGAUUGCAACUACAUCGUUAGUAUCUGGUGAAUCUAAGGUCAAAAUAAAACAAAAAAAAACAAUAUAAAACGCUUUCAUACUGACGAAUAUAUAUGAUGUGUAACUUGUUGAACAUUUCUACGUAAAGCAAAUUAUGUGUGUAUUGUACAUUGUGCAACAUUAUACUAUGGCGUGUGUCAUUUAGGCCACGUUUGCAUAUUCCUGAAACCGCGGUAUAAUGGUUAAAAAUAAUUGCCAUAUAAAACCUCGCGGUAUGAAGUACAUACAUGUAUAUAUAUAUACCAAAAAAAGGAAAAUAAGAAAAAAUAUGAAUUGUCGCCCAAGGAUUUGUACAUACAUAAUACUUAUACUGGCGAAUGAUAGAUAAAUAUAGUAAUUUGUAUGGAGAGUUUAUUCCGUUUAUGUGUAGUGGAACGCUUCAAACGAAUUCUUAAUUUUCAUGGUGUUAUUUAUACCAAUUUUAGCAAGUUAAAUGUAUUCGCAUCUUAAAUGAAAUUUUUAGCUAUACUUCGGAAUCUGAUCUUAAAAGGCCACUCUGUUGCAUGUUUGAUAUUUACAAUUACAAACAGCGAAAGUGCAAAUCAGCUAUUAAAUUCCUGAUAAGCGAAAGUGUGAUUUCCAAAAUAAUCAUUUCAACUUUCAAAAUCCUUCGUAGUUACCUUACAACUUUCAUAAGUAUUCCAUGCGUAUACGUUUAUGUAAUAAAUAUUUAUUUCGUCGUUUAGGAUCGAGGAAACGACGGAUUGAAUCUAAUCUGUAUAGUGAUUCGAACGUAAAGUGUGAUUACUGUUAUUUUCUCUUUUUAAUUAAAAUAUCUCUAGAUUCGUAAACAACAAACGUUACGAUAGAGACUAUGCUAGAUGAUAUUAAGUUUAUUUAGCUUAAUUUAUUUUCGUUAUUUCGAGUCUUAUAAAUCUAGUACUGUUUUCUGUAAACACGACAAACGCGUACGUGUUGUGUGUACGUAUUGAUGACUAGACAAAUUAUGACUCCGUUGUCCAACUUCUUACUGGUGUGGAAUGAAGUAUGCAAUUGUGUGUGCGAUCCUUAUGUUUCAAAUUUGUUAUGAUCAUUAUGCAUCACACAAAAUUACAAUUCAAUCUUUCAAUGAAUGAAACAUAUUUAAAUAUAAUCGGGAAUAUGUGUCUGAAAUCGAUAGUAAAAUAUCUUCAAACAUUUAUAGCAUUUAGGUCAUUAUAUAUAUAUAUAUAUAAUUUGGCUUCAAUUCGAACAUAGUAUAAUACAUAGUAGAGAUCCAUAAGAAUUUAUUCAAACAAUAGAUGAGAAAUUAAAACAACAUGUAAAACAUUAUUUUCGUUACUUGCUUGAUUAAAUUUUAAUUCGAAGUGCAUAAAUACACAAUGUAAAGCAUCAUUUCAUUGGUAAGGCUUCUUCAUUCUUUAGUUUCAAGUGGUAUUAUACUUAUAAGUAUGUAUUAAGUGUGUAAAAAUUGUACUUUGAAUGUUUAAAUACAUAGCUAUAUGCAAUGUGUGCUACGUAUAAAACUAAACAAAAACUGCAAUCCAAGUAACAUAACAUUCGUACGUCGAGAAUAAUGAAUAUAAUUUUGUUAUCGGUAUGUCAGAUCCAUUUGCCAAAGUAGUAAGUUAUAUAUUCUUCAAAGGGCAAUUGUUGAAAGUUUCUACAAUAUAAAAAUAUAUUACUAAUAACCUAGUUAAAAAAUGUGAAAAAUUAAUGCUUGAAACAGACAUGAAGUUGAAAGUAUACUUAUUCACAUAAUACAAGUUCCAUUUGUUUACUUUCUGCACAUUUGUUUAAAGAUCGAAGUAGGUGAAUGGAUUGACUUAUUGAAAAAAUUAAAUAAUAUUAAUAUUGUGAAUACCGUCAGUACCGUUAGUACUGCAGACACGUCUAUCAGAAUGAAAUACUCGUAAAUGCCAAAAAUAUAUAGAUUUCGUGAGGAGGUAUGAGACGACGGAAUUUACUCAAUAUUACAUCCCAUCGUGGUGAAUUAAACAAUUUUCCCGUGUUGCUUGUAUUUUGUAUAUAAAAUCGAACUAUGCCUGAUUGUAUCUAUGUAAUUUAUGUGUAUAUUAUGUAUUUUAUUGUGCGUUAUUGGCUAAACCCAGUCCUGUUCAGUAUUGACCUUGAAAUCAAUGUGGUUUUCUACAGUUUCAGUUAUUUAUAGUACACCGAAAAUCAGAAUGUUUCUCUACAUUACUCUACUGUCUAGAUGUUUUUUUUAACAAUCUGCGUGAUAAGAGUACGGUGGAUAACUAUUGUGACUGUCGGUGUGUUUGUAUUAGAUAAAGCGAUAACUCAUUUGUGCGUAUUCGAUAUAAAUGCAAUAAAGUAAGCACAAAAAAUGAAUAGAGAAAUAUUAAAAUGUAUAAGGUUUUAAAAUCAUGAAUAGGAUUGGGAUUAACGAAGCGCCAUGGAUAAAAUGAAAGACUUUUCACCUCAAGGAUACUUCUGUCAAAUUAUCUAAAAAAAUAUGUGACUUUCAUUACUUUUUGUAGAGAACACUACACAUGAUAUAUGAUAAGGAAAGUUUUUGGGUGUUAUUAUAACACAUACAGGGUUAGUCGCUUAUGAUCUUCACCUAGAACAUCUUCGUUGUUUUUAAUAUAAUAUGAUAAAAUAUAUAAAGACAAAAUCCAAGGGAUAUUAUUGUGGUACAGAGAUUUUUUUCUCAAGAUUAUUGCUUCUUUGAGUCAAAUAUUUUUUUCUUCUAUAGUUUCUCGUAUCAUUAAACGCAGCGGAUAUAUUUUAAAUGCAAAUUGUAGGCGACUCAUCCUACAUAAAGUGCAAAAUAACUACUGUUAAAUUCUGUUUUUAUGAUAAAACUCUCACUGCAUUCCUGCAAAAUUUAAACUUUCUUCAGGGUGAACCCUUUUUGUGAUGGACAUUUUCAACUAUUCUAAGAAUAUGCUAGUCUUCAUCGAAUUAUAUUUCUUAGUGAUAAUAAUGGAUAAGGUUGGAGUGUUUGACCACGUUUAUUUCGUUACGGCUCGAAAUUUCGGGCCGAGUCUCGAAAGCUCGUAAAGUUCGGGUACCUGCACACUCCUGGGAUAAGGCAAUAGCCAUGAAACAAAAGUUUUAAUAUUGCAAAUUUUUAAUGUAAUAAAACCCAACAAGUUUCUUUAUCAUAUCGUAUUCAGUCUUAAACAAGAAAUAAUAAAAUUCACUUUUUAGAUAGUAUAAUCGGGAAGUACCCUUAACAAUUUCUCUCCUAUGAUUGAUAACUGUUAUCAGUGAUGGAAACCAUAACAAUUCCGCGGUUUAAAAACAAUUUUUGGAAAUGUCACUAUUACAGUCUAAAAACUUUUUACAAUUCAAAUGUAUAUUUUGAUAUAGAUUCUGAAAUUAUAUUUAAAAACAAAAGUAUUUCAUAUUCUUUCAUUCGAGCAAAGUGCAAGAAUUUUUGAAGAUUUCAAAGUUUCUGUAUUUUUCCAUUAUUUGUUCAGUACUAUUCGAGUAAUUCUACAUUCCAUCACUAAUGGUAACGUUUAAUGCAAAGAAAAGUAUAUCGCACAUGUUGUUAAUCGUUAUGCAAUAAUUGAAUGUAUUUAAAUGUAAUCAAUGUGAAACGAAACGUUGCGUUGAACGAUAAUAUAUAUACCAUGAUAACGAAGAUCUUUUUUAUCUUGGUAAAUAUUAAUUCUCGCAUUAUUUUAUUACUAAGUAAUAUUAAAAUAGUUUCGUAUUGUAGAAAUCAAAAUUUUAAUUUAUUAAUAAUAAAACUUUAAUUUGUUUAUAUCACAGAUUUAACAAUAAAACUGACCUCUUAGAUUUAAAUCUCAAGAAUUCAAAAUAGGACUGCAAGGUCUCGGGUAAUUGCAUUGUAGAGAAGAAAAUUAUUUCAUAAUCUGUAAAUCUCUUUUAAUAAUGUACUCACAAGCAAUAAUUAAUUUAGUAUAUGAUUUAACUUACAUAACGAAAUUCUUUAUUUAAAUUAUAACUUGUUAACUACUUCCAAUCAUAUGUAAUCAUUAUAAUUUCAUGUAAAUGAAUUAAUUAAACAUGAUAACUAUGUUU